ACCCCCUCGAUUAGUCUCUCUUACACUGUCACGCGCUAAGAAUUCAAUUCUCUUUCAUUUUUCUGUAGAAAACAUGGCGACUCAAGUUAUCGAAAACCAAAGGGAAAAUGCUGAAGUGUACACCGAUCCAGUGAUAUGCAAGCAGAAAUCGCUUGAACUUCUGAAGGAAAUCAACAUGCCUAAUGGUCUACUCCCUCUAGAUGACAUCUUAGAGGUUGGCCGCAACAAAGAAACCGGGUUCGUUUGGCUGAAACAGAAGAAGGCGAAAGAGCACAAGUUUAAGAAGAUUGGUAAGCUCGUCUGGUACGACACUGAGGUGACGGCGAUCGUUGAGGAUCGUCGGAUGAAGAAGCUCACUGGUGUUAAAAGCAAGGAGCUUCUCAUCUGGGUUACCCUUUCUGAUAUUUCAAUUCAAGACCCGGAGUCUAAGAAAAUUACCUUUGCUACCCCUGCUGGACUUUCUAGGGCUUAUCCCGUGUCUGCUUUCGAGGAGGAGGAGGUGGAGAAGGAGGAGGUGAAGAAUUGAAUUGGUGGAGAUUUCAGGGGUAUUCUGGGGAUUAAUAAAUUCGAAUAUGUGUUCCUUCUUUGUUGUUUUUAUUUAUUUAAAUUACUGUCUUAUGUAACCGUAAGUUAAAAUGUGAAAGUGGAACUAUAGUUAUAGCGGAUAAUUUUCUCCUUUUUA